CCAGAUGCAUUGUGUAGCUUUUUGUUAAGAUUUACUUAUUGUCAUGAGUUACAUGAGUAGUGCAGCCAGUAGGUCUACUGCACAUGGCUCUAGUAGAGCUAGCAACUUCUCUCAUGAAGGCUCAUCCUCGGCAUCAUGUGCUGUCAAAGGAUGGAUCAGUUCUAAAGAUACAACCUUUGUCCAAGUCGAACGCAAGCUAAGAAGGCUCGAAGCUUACAAGAACUUAGAAGGUGAUGAGCUGCUGAAGAAAGUGAACGAUUUGAUCCAAGUGGAGAAUAUUUUGCUCAACUUUAGCCAUCUGGUUGAGGAUAAGCUUGUGAAAGAGCUUGAAAAUGUAGUCGAUGACAAAGAAGAUCAAGUUGACCCAGACAAUGUUCAAGAAGUUCGUGAGGCAAAAGAUCGUGAGAAAAGCAGACAUGUGCAAAUUGCCAAUAUACCUUUGAAGAUAGGUAUUUGGGAUCUUGAUAUUCCGGAACCUGUUAUGCCCCUUCUCUGCCCAAUCGGCAAUUUCUUGUGCACUGAUUACGGCACAAAACACGUUGGUCUCACAGUUGGUGAUGUUUUUCUUGAAUGGGGUCGUGAAGGUCUGGUUAUUCCUACAAAAGUAGAAGAUGGUAAAGAAGCUUUCCCAGGUGGUGAAGUUCUAGACAUCACCAAGGAUUGUCCACAUAAUAUCGCAGCUGAUCAAAAGGCACCUCACGAUAGUUUGCAAUUAAAAACAACGGCAGAAGAAACGGAUCAUCUUUUUCAGCGUACGCUGGACAAGAAACCCAUUUUUGAAGAGCUAGCUAAGGUGAUUUCAAAGUACAAUACCAAGUUUCACUACCAUGCAGUAUCUCGUAACUGCCAAGGAUUUGUUCGCGAUGCUCUGAAGGCCCUUGGAGUUGAUAAUAAACCAGCAACUCCUCAGCCAAAUCCACAGCUUCAAGAGCUUCAGUCUAAGAAGAGUAAGGGUAUGCCAUCAGGUUUCGCCAAGCAUGAAGAUCUUGAUGCUUAUAUGAUGAAACAAAAGCAAGACUGGCUUGAGAAAUUGGACGCAGACAGCUUCGAGUUCCUACAACUUUCCUAUUUGCAUUUCCAUGGUGAUAUUGCCUGCCACAGACCAACCUGCCAAGCUCAUCUUCUAGCUGGUGUGUUUGAGCGUCACUUGAACUUAUAGGUCCCUACUUUUAAUUUUUGCUGUAGAUCUUAUAUUUUGUGCAUUUUGUGUUCCGUGUAUAUAGCAUAGCCAUAAUUUCCUAUAAUAAUUUUAUCGUUGCCUUAUUUGUAACAAUUAUGUCAUAAUUAUAAUUUUAUGCUUGCCUGUCUCAUGCAAUGAAUAAUUAUAGUCAACUGCUUAAUUAUACACUACAGUGUCUUGUACUUGUUUACCUUGUAGCUGCUCAUUGAACAAAGGCACAUAUAUUAGAUAGGUUUACAGCUACGUACCAUGCAAGUCUAGGAAUGACUGCAAUCAGCCACCAGUGAGUGAAAUAACAAGAUGCUCAGUAGAGCAUUCACCCCGUGCAUUGACAUAACGGACAAGCAAUAACUUUUCAUCGUAAUGUCCUUAACAUUAUAGGAAACGAUCGGUAAUCUAUAAAGCAUCGAUUAAAAAACAAUCGCCUUCGAAGAUCACCAAUUAUAAGUAGCCUAUUAUUGUUCAACCACUGUCUCAUUAGCAGUUAAAGCCGUCUAUGAAUGUGUCUAGAUCGCUCAAACAGCUCGCUUUUGUGUCAACACACACACCAAUCACUCUACCCCUGCUGCGCAUGCACGGGGUAAUUAAAAAUUUCCUGAGGUCAGGGGGUGCUAAGCACCCUCUGCUACCCUCUAUAUCCGCCCCUGGUGUAGUAUUCAACUCGCAUAUCUGCUUAGUCGUGCCAUGUACACUAUACCUUCAUGCAUUUCCAUUGUGAUAUCACUUGCCACCUACGACCUGACCUACCAAGCUUCUGUUCUGAUGCUCUCACGCAACGUUUGAAAUAAUUGUAUUGCUAAAACAAAAUUGUUUUAGUAGCUCAGCACAUGUAUAUAAUGGUACCCGGAUUUGUGUCACAUGACUGUGUUAAUUGUGAUUGACUGUUCAUUGCCUUUACUUGUUGAUACGAGCUAGCAUCAAUGUAUAAUAAUUACGUUGUAUGAGUGCCAGCUAGGCCCUGAUAGAUUAUGCUCGGAAUAAUGUUAGCCUAAUAGGUCACGUGUCUAAAGGAAUGAUAGGCGUCCAUUUUUGGUAAAGAUCAUUACAUUAAGUUUUGCAUAACGAUGUUUUCAUGCAAGGUGAAUAUUAUGGCUCAGUUCAAGCCAGCAAGGUAACAUUGAGAGAAUCAUGAUUACCCGAGGCGCGUGGGCGGCCACGGGUAUAGUAUUCUGUUGGUCUGUUUGUUUGUUUGUUUGUUUGUCACAGGUAUAUCUACUCACCUGGAUGCCACAGCGCUGCGUUUACAGCAUAGAUAGCCUUCACACAACAAUAUCUUGGUUUAAAUAGUGGCAGAUUUUGAUGUUAAAGCUUUAUUGUCGAGCAAAAGCUAAGAAGCUUGAAGCAGCUACAGCUAGCUACACGAGGCCUUGAUUACGUAGUUGCAGCUGAAGUGAUCCGUACCAGGAACAAUUGAUAUAAUUAUAGAAAGCUAAAAUUGUGACUGGUUGUUGGCUGACUCUGGAUCCUAUACUCCAGCCUGGCAGGAGCCAUACCUCUCUAAGUCUAACGCUCCAGGCUUCUUUGCUGUGAUCCCAGUCCACAGUGCAUGUCUAAUGUGACAUGUAUACCACUAGCACUCAAAGUUUCAGCAUGCCUCCAGUCUGGUUUAGUUUUAUUGCUUUUGAGUUGCUCUUGCUAGUUAUACAUGCUACAUGCACUGCAUUAUCACUCUUCUGGUUUCUUUAUUAUCAUGUCACCAGCCGAGGGUUUGCACUUUAGUGCUCUAGUUAUAUUAGUUAUGUCGUGUGCGUGUGUCAGUUGUCUGCUGUGUUUAUGUCUAUACGUCCUAUAAUUAUUGUGUUACAUUUUUAGGGGAAUACAGAUUUUUAUGAGAAUAAUAGGCACAUUUUUCAAGAAUUAAAGAAUAGAAUAACGGGUGAAAAAAGGUAUAAUUUAUCAGGGCCUAGUGCCAGCAGGCCGGAGUACAUGUACUCCUGGUGCCAGUUGUAUGAUGUCAAACUGUUUGUUUAUUUAGCUAGCUCUUUGUGGUUUUUAGAAAUCACCGUGUGGUAGACUGGCACUCCAGCCAUUGGUGUAUUUUGCAUACCUUAUAUAAGCAUGGAAUUUGCACUAUGACCCUCCUACUUGAAUCUGCUACCACAGCUUAUUGUUUAUGUACCUAUACAAUAGUCUGAUAGUAGUACCUAUUGUGUGUCAUGAGCUACAUACGUGCAAGUAAAACAGUAACUAGUGAAGCUGCUAGGUCUACUGUACAUGCAAGUAAAACAGUAACUAGUGAAGCUACUAGGUCUACUGCACAUGGCUCUAGUAAAGCUAGCAACGUUUAUCAAGAAGGCUCAUCGGCGGUAUCAUGUUGUUCCACAAGUUUGUUCACUUCUGAAGAUCCAGCCUUCAUCCAAGUCAAACGUAAGAUGAUAAAAUACGAUGCCGCUUACAAGAAAUAUGAAGAUGAUAAGCUGCUCGAGGAAGCUAAUGAGUAUAUCCACGUAGAGACUAUUCUGUCCAAAUUUGACCAUUAUUAUGGUCAAGGGAGAGCUUGUGGAGGCGAUAUUUGCAAAAGUACUUGAGGAGAAAGAAUAUCCAAUUCACCCAGACAAUGUGCAAGAAUUUUGUGCCGCAAAAGAGCGUGAGGAAAGCAGGCGUGUGCAAAUUGCCAUUAUUCCUUUGAAGAUAAGUAUUAGUGAUCUAUUGGAGCCUGUUACGCCCCUUCUCCGCCCAAUCAGCGAUUUCUUGUGCACUGAUUACGGCACAAAACACGUUGGUCUCAUGGUUGGUGAUGUUUUCCUUGAAUGGGGUCAUGAAGGUCUGGUUAAACCGGUUAUUCUUAAAGAUGGUGAAAAUGGUGAAAAAGUUUACCCAAAUGGUGAAAAAGUUUACCCAGAUGGUGAAGUCCGUGACGUUACCAAAGAUUGUCCACAUAACAUCGCAGCUGAUAAAAAGGCACCUCACGAUAGUUUACAAUUGAAAACAGCAACAGAAGAAGAUGCUUAUCUUCGUCAGUUUAUAGAGGACAAGAAAACCAUUUUUAAAGAGCUAGCUAAGGUGAUUUCAAGGUACAAUACCAGGUUUCACUACCAUCCAACAUCCCGUAACUGCCAAGGAUUUGUUCGCGAUGCUCUGAAGGCCCUUGGAAUUGAUAACAAACCAGAAACUCCUCAGCCAAAUCCACAGCUUCAAGAGCUUCAGUCUAAGAAGAGUAAGAGUAUGCCAUCAGGUUUCCCCAGGCAUGAAGAUCUUGAUGCUUAUCUCAUGAAUCAAACGCUAGACUGGUUUGAGAAAUUGGACGCAGGAAGCUUCGAGUUCUUAAAACGUUCCUAUUCGCUUUUCCAUGGUGAUACUGCCUGCGACAGGCCGACCUGCAAAGCUCGUAUUUUGGAUGAUAGAGUUGCUAAUAAACCACCAACUCCCGAACCAAAUCCACAGCUUCUGUCUAAGAAAAGCAAGGGUGUGCCAUCAAGUUUCGCCAGGCAUGAAGAUCUUGAUGAUUAUCUAGUUGAACAAAAGCAAGAUAAUUUUAAAAAAUUGGACGCAGACAGCUUUGAGUCCCUACAACUUUCUUAUUUUCAUUUUCAUGGUGAUGAUGUGUGCCACAGACCAACCUGCCAAGCUCCUCUUCUAGCUGAUGUGUUGGGCGCCACUUAAACUUAUAGGUCCAUACUUUUAUAACAUUAAUUUGCUGUAGAUCUUUAUUUUGUAUUCUGUGUGUAGCCAUAAUUUGUAUGUGCCUAUAAUAAUUAUGUCGCUUCUACAUGUAUAAUUAAUCAUUGCCUUUUUUGUAACAAUUAUGUCAUAUGCUUGAAAACUCCCUGUCUCAAUGAAUAUCAUCAACUGCUUAA